AUGUUAUUAUGUUCAACUAUUCGCGCAUCGACAAUUUUAAGUCGACGCAUUGCACUAUCUCGAAAUUUUACUACUAAACUCGCAUCAAUGCAACCUGUGAAUACAAAAAAUACAACACAGACUAAUGUCAUAAACAGUAAACAUGAUAAUUUGAGUAAUAUUCCAAUAGAGUUACUUUAUACUUCUCAUCCAAAGCCAAUUCGACACGAAAUUAUUGAAUCAAAGGAGCCAUUGAAAACCAAAGAUCUUGAAAACUUAGAUAUUAAGCUUACUCUCCAUCGUGAACCUGCUACUAUUUCGGAUAAAAUUGCUUUUGGGAUUGUGAAAUUAUUAAGACUGCCUACAGAUUGGUUCUUUAAAAAGAAAUACAUUCAUAGAGUUGUAAUGUUGGAAACCAUUGCUGCAGUCCCUGGUUUAGUAGGAGGAACUAUUCGACAUUUGAAAUCACUUAGAAAGUUAAAACAUGAUGGUGGCUGGAUUGAACAUUUACUUCAUGAGGCUGAAAAUGAACGGCAAGCAAUUCAUUAA